AUGGCUCUGAUCGACGUCGUCGCCCCCGCUCUCUACGUCGUUGCUGUAGUUGGUGUCCUCUUCGUCGUCAUCAACUUCAGACCCCCCCGCCGUCAAAAUCCAGCUAAAGAUAUCGAGGCGGUGAUCAACGAUAAAGCUGCCGACUCCGGCGAGAGUGAGCUGCAGGAGAGCGGGGUGGAGACUCAUGUCAAGACUAUGCCGGAAAAGGUCGUGGAAGCCGGCAACCCCGAGGGCCGGGAGGAGCACCAUCGACUGCCGGAUGCAGGGGCGGCUCUCGUCGCCCAAAGGCAGGAGCAACGGAUGGGUAGGAACGGCUCUCGCGGCAGUGGAGAAUUGGAGAAAUUUCAGAUCACUUCUGCUGAAUCUGAUGAAGCAAGAUUGGGGAAAGGAGCAGAUUCUGAAGCAAGGCAGCACAUAAAUGCAAAUGCUAAACCAGCUUGUGGGAGUGAUGAUGAGAGCCCCAGAGGUCCUCUGCAACAAAAAGUCCAUGGGAAACCGAGUCAGAAGCAUGAUCAAGUGAACAGUGUGUCAUUGGAUCGACUGGCUGAGCAUCUCCAAACAACUUUGGGAGCUUCAGGUGUGAUCCAACCAGCUAAUGUUGAGACAGCUAUCGAAGUGCAAACACUGUUGAAUCAACCGACGGAUGAAAGAGUAGUGCUGCACAGUCGCAGAGAAGAAGUGAUAAAAAGUGCCAUGAAGUUUUCAUACAUGUCAAUCGGCAUUUCUGGUGGUGCAUUGGUAACUAUCUUCUUUGGAUACUACGUAAACCAAUGGGGGCGGAUCCAUAGUUUUCAGCUCAAGAUCUGCACCUUGAUCAUGCUCGCAUCCUUUGUUUCUGGAGUCAGCAUCCCGCUGCUUAAUUUUCUCCAACACCACAUCAGUGUCUCUCUACGACUCUUCAGAAGCCUCAAGUGCACAGCCUUUGCACUACUUGUCCUGGCAUUGCUCGACGUCUCCAUUCUUUUUAUGAAGAUACUUGCACUGUUUGCGUUCGUCCCAACAAUUGCCGUGGUUGUGAUCGUCUAUGUGAUUGCAUUCCGUGAGGCGCCGACGACGAGUGAUGACCAUCAUCAGCAACGCACGACUUGAGUAUAGAUAUAUGCAUCUAAAGCGAAAGUUCUGAACCGAAAAGUGUCAAAAUUCAAGAAAAAAUCGUUG